AUGGUACAGUUGAGUUCGCAUAUUCAAGGGAUUGACAGCUUAAUCUCAAGCCCCGAUCCAAUUGGAGUUCUGGAUGGAUCAUAUGCUUAUAACUAUCUGAUUGAAGAGCUCAACAUUGCAGAGUCAAGGCUUCGGAUAUUGAAAGACCAGGACGAAUGUUUUAACGCCCUUAAGCAAGGUCCAAAAGGUGAUGGAGUGGCUGCCAUUGUUGAUGAGCUUCCUUAUAUUGAGCUCUUCUUGUCUAAUACCAAUUGUGUAUUCAAGAUUGUGGGACAGGAGUUCACCAAGAGCGGCUGGGGAUUUGCUUUUCAGAGGGACUCUCCUCUGGCAGUCGACUUGUCAACUGCUCUCCUCCAACUCUCAGAGAAUAGUGAUCUCCAAAAAAUCCAUGAUAAAUGGCUCUCUCACAGGGUGUGCUCUGCGCAGGUCAACGAAGUGGAUGACAACCAACUCUCUCUCAAGAGCUUCUGGGGUCUAUUCCUUAUCUGCGGAACUGUUUGCUUCUUUUCCCUUACCAUUUUCUUCUGUAGGGUGGCCUGGCAGUACCAAAGAUACAGCCUGGAGAGCGAGGAACCGGAGAUUGAGGAUCCUGAACUGGCAAGGCCGAGUGGACCUAACACCCGCACGAGUAGCUUCAAGAAAUUGAUUGAGUUUGUUGACAAGAAAGAAACUGAGGUGAAGGAGAUGUUUAAGCGCAAGAGUAGCGAUACGAAAACACAAGCUAGUCAUAGCUCAGAGGUGCAGCCUGAUUCACCAACCUGAGGAAAACUUGCUCUUGAGCUAGCUUUUGUUUUCUUUUUUUCUUUUUUCCCAAUGCUACUUCCAUUGAAAUUUAUAUGACCCACCAACCUCAUGUGCUAGGAGAUCAUUAGUGUCUGUGUUCUAAAACAGAAUGUUUGUAUUAUGAGGAUGUUAGAAGUUAUUCUACAAUCUCUGUUGAAGUACUAAAUGUUCACAGAAAUGGGGAAGGAUAUAGAGUGCUGAUGAGCUUUCUCUUUCACGCACAAAUCGGGAAAUGGUUCUUUCAAACAUUUCCAUAUGCCCUAUGCUAAAUAUUUUGUCUUUUGGAAGAAAAUGAUUUGUAACGU